AUGCAGCAUGCCUUGAGAUUUCGGGCUCAAAUUAUAAGUAAAAUGCGUAGAUUUUUGGAAGAUGAAUGCUCUUUUGUUGAUAUUCAGACCCCAACUUUAAGCCAUUUUACGCCUGGUGGUGCAAAUGAAUUUCCUGUGCCUGGCAAUGAUUCAGGCGAAUGUUUUAGUCUUCCACAGAGCCCUCAGAUUUACAAACAAUUGUUAAUGUGUGGAGGAAUUGACAAAUAUUAUCAGGUUGCAAUUUGUUAUAGAGACGAACCUACCAAACCUAACAGACAACCAGAAUUUACACAAUUGGACUUGGAAUUGUCUUUUACUAAUCAAGAAAAAAUUAUUUGUUUAAUUGAACAAAUUUUAAUUAAUUCGUGGCCUAAAGAAUUGGAAGAAUACAAACCAACCGUUCCUUUUCUUCGAAUGGAUUAUUCUGAAGCGGAUACAAGAAUUCCUUGGGAAAUAACUGAUUGUUUAUUGGAAGAUAAUUUAAUUAAGGCUAAAAUGUUUGUUGCCAAGGGCGCUCAAAAAUAUUUAACUAAAGGAAGGAUGAUACGUUGGGAACAGAAAAUUGAUAUGUUGUCUUUUAAAAAGGAUUAUUCAAUUAUUCGCCCAUCGUCAAUCAACAAAUUUAACAAAAUUCAAAUAAAUAAAGUCCAUUUAUUAAAUUUAAAUUUGGACAAGGAUAAUGAUGUUAUUGUUAUUUGUUGGGGCGAUUGUGAAGAACAUAUAUUAAAAGUUCUAGGUAUUUUUUUAAAUUUAUUUGAAGAAAAAUUUUUUUUCAAAGGGUAUUUGCGUAAUUAUUUGGCUGAAUCAGUUUUUGAUUAUUUCCAACCUAAUCAAUUUAAUUUUGUUUGGAUUCAACGAUUUCCUUUAUUUGUAAAGAAUGAGGAAAGCGGGAAAAUAGAAAGCGCACAUCAUCCUUUCACGGCUCCAAUAUCUGAACAUGAGGAAGAUUUGAAAAAUGGAAUAAAUUUGGAUAAAAUUGAAGCUCAACAUUACGAUCUUGUACUUAAUGGAGAAGAAAUUGGAGGAGGGUCAAUACGAAUUCAUAAUGCGGAACUGCAAGAACAUGUCUUAAAAAUUCUUAAAAUUGAUUCUGAACCUUUGAAACAUUUACUCGAAGCUUUACGAUAUGGAGCACCUCCACAUGGUGGUUUUGCAUUGGGAUUGGAUAGAUAUAUAGCUAUAUUAAAUGCUAGAGGAGAUUCAAAAGCUUCUAUACGCAAUGUCAUAGCCUUCCCAAAAUCAGCAUCUGGUAAAUGUUACAUGACAGGUUCACCUGCAAAACCUGAUAAAUGGUUACUUGAACGUUAUAAAUUAAAAAUUGUUGAAGAGGACCAUGAAGAAUUUGAUUCUUAUGAAAGGUAA